CGUACAUGCCGAGGUAAACAGACACAUUGCAAUCUGUCAGCGCUUCACAAACAAAGUGGUGUUGCUUGUGCUUGUGCGGAGAGUGGCUUUUAUCUGAGCAUCCUUCCAGUUGCUGGACCCGAAACCAAUCGCACAAAAAUGAACGCCAAAAUAGGCAAGCAGCGUGCUCAACCGGACGACAUGAUGGCCACCGGUGGCCUAAUGCCGCUCAUCCAGGCCCUCAUUAAGCCACCGGAAUCGAUAGAUUUGCUCGGACGCAACCAGCAAAAGCGGAACAACCAUCCGUACUACAGGAAGCCGGGACGGGGACACAAUAACGAUACGUGCGAUUCGUGCAAGGAGGGCGGCGCACUGCUCUGCUGCGACCGAUGUCCAUCCUCCUUCCACCUGGGGUGUCACGAUCCACCACUCUCGGAGGAGGAAAUACCGUACGGGCAGUGGGUCUGCCAUACGUGCAAAUGCAAAUCGGCGAUGAACGUUAGUGACGCGUGGGGCACGGGCGGAAAGCUACGGGUGCGCGAUCGCAGCCUGUCCCACAAAAGCUUCACCUCGAGCAGCUCCGGCGGUAAGCAUUCGCACGAUGGUGACAAUAACGAUUCGCUAGCAGGCUGCAGCGAACCUACAACGCCCCCGUCGGAGGCGAUUGCGAUGAGUUCUGCUGCUUCGCUGGCCGCUGACCUGGAGCAGAUCGAAUCGCGCGCGGAGAAAAAGUGGGACGAGUGUAGUAAAACCACUAACUCGCCAUUCGAUCAACUCAUAGAAGCGGCACGGAUACUGAAUCCGAAGCAAUUUGAGCUACCUUUCGAAAUGGAAAUGUGCAUCCCGUUUCCGGGGGCGGAAAAGGUAGAUGGGAUGGGUAAGCGGAACAAACCGAAAAAGAUGCACGAACUCGAUAGUCAGGGAUUGGUGCCGCUGCCCGCAAGAACGUGCCACAGCUGUGGGCAGUCUUGCCGAAAGGCGCCACUGAUCGCUUGCGAUUACUGUGAGCUGGUGUUCCACCAGGACUGUCUUGAUCCGCCACUUACGGCAAUGCCCACGACGAUGUGGAUGUGCCCAAACCACGUGGAACAGUAUGUGGACUCCAAACUGGUCACCUCUGUUUCGCUAACCGAGCGCAUACGGUUGUGGAAUCGGUUCAGCAACGAUAUCGAACACGACACGGUUAAAACCGAAUUCCUGCGCAAAGUGCACCGUAAAAAUCCUCCAUUUCGGUUGAAGCAAAAGUUUCGCCAGCGGACUAAAAUCAUUGUACCACCGUCGAUCGAGUAUCACUACCAGCAUCGUGCACCGCUGCUACCGUCGCUUACGACGUUCCUGCGAUCGCGUCAGGUGAACCCUUCCAUGCAUUUUCAGGAUGCACAGCCCGUUCGGUAUGAUGACGAGACGCUGCUACAGAUAGUGGAACGCGAGCUGCAAGCGAUCGAGGAAGCGGACGAACGGAUGGGCUUUGAAAAACAGAACACGGACGAAGAUGGAAGUGGUGAUGAAUGUGGAGAGGAAACUGAGCAGAAAACGGACGACGGAAAAGCUGGCGAACACGAUGUCGGAUGUAAUGGCGGGAGCGAGGAUGUUAAAAUGGAAAUUGAUUCGGUCGUUGAGAAUGGUAGCAGCAAUGUUGAUGGUGGUACAGUCGGUGCCGCUAAUAGUUCUGUGGCGCCAAGCUCAAGCUCGAACGCAACAAAUAAUACGAUAAACAUUACUGAAUCAUGUUAUCAAAAUGAACAUGCAAUGCGAGAGCUGGAUAAUCUGGGGCCGGCGUUGAUUAAACUACUGGCAGUGCAGCGCAUGCAACAACUCAUAGCGGAGCAUCCCGAUCUGCUGGUUAGUUCCACAUCCAACGGUACCACACAUGAGGAAGCAAUCGCACAGCUGUGCCAGAAUGAGGACGAUCUCAAGAAGAUGCCACUCCCCAGCGAGCUGCUGACGAAGGAAGAUAUCGAGCGAAUAGCGCGCGAGUUUACGGCGGCCAACGGUAGUGCGCUGAACGCAAAGCUGCAGUCGGAAUUGAGAAAGCAAAAGCAAAGACCCAAUAGUGGGUCAAACAAUGGCAACUCUGUUAAGCCUCUGGCCUUGCAAGAUGUGUCGGAUGCAACCGUAACUACCUCCUCGAAGAAGGACGCCCUGACCGAGCUGACGACCCGCAUAGUGAACCAGGCGCAACACCAGCAAAUACGGGUGCGGGCCGCACUGACUUGGAUCAAUCUGGACCAGGAGGGAUACUUUUGCUUCGAAAAAGUGGACGCAUCCGAUGCGAUCUGCAUGUCGUACCGCUCCUUUACGAUCGGUUCCGGACCGGGGAAUGAUGUAACGCUCGCCAAGUAUGGUGACUGUUGCUGCACAUCCAGCCGCCAUGCAAUCAUCUUCUACGAUGAGGUUACGCAAAUGUUUGAGCUCAUCAACUACUCCGAGUUCGGGACGGAGGUGAAUGGGCAUCUGUACGCUUGCGAUUUCAGCGAUCACUCGGGAACGGAGUACGAUCCGGCGUACAGUCAAUAUGGAAACGCGGCGGAUGCCGUGUCGGACGGCAAGAAAGCAGCAAUCAACGCGGGACAGGAGCACAGUGCAGCGGCCAGUGCAAAAUGUGAUCCGCGGAAUCAGCUUAAACAGGAUGUGCAGAGCAUACUCGAAAAAUCUCGCAAAACAAGGGAACAGAGGAAAGCGGAAGAGGCUUACGCCUCUGCUUGUAUGGCCGAUCGAUCCCUGCCACUGUGCAAGUGCUCACCGGAACGACGAAUCCCAACACGUGCGUGCGGCUGGGAGGGCAGUGCCAUCCUGUACCACGGUGCACUGAUUCGCUUCGGUUGCCACGCGUUCGUCUUUACCAUCGUCGACUUCGACGAGGGACAGGAUGAGUUUGAAGAUUCGUACCGGGAUAGCGACAGCGACUAACUCUGCGCUGCUCAAUACCUACCUAUUUCGAUCUGUUGAAUAAAAUUGAACUAAAUACUCUA